AUGAGCUGGAUGUUUUUCGGUGCCCAAGCAUUCAACCAGCCUAUCGGCUCAUGGGACGUCUCAGCAGUUGCGAGCAUGAAGGCUAUGUUCUGCAAAGCCACUUCUUUCAACCAGCCUGUGGGCUCAUGGAACACCUCUGCCGUGAGUAACAUGAAAGCCAUGUUCGAGGAUGCGAGUGCUUUCAAUCAGCCCAUCGGUUCGUGGAGCACAUCAGCGGUGGCCACCAUGCGGGAAAUGUUCUUUGCUGCGCACGCCUUCAACCAGCCCAUUGGCUCAUGGGACACGUCCAGGGUGACUGAUGCAAUCGCAAUGUUUUACAAUGCCUCUUUGUUCAACCAGCCCAUCGGUUCGUGGAAUACGACAGCAGUGAAGAAUAUGAGCUGGAUGUUUUUCGGUGCCAAAGCGUUCAACCAGCCUAUUGGCUCAUGGGAUGUCUCGGCCGUCACGAGUAUGCGGGCUAUGUUUUUGGAUGCUCACGCCUUCAACCAACCGGUUGGCUCGUGGGAUACAUCUCAGGUGAAGAACAUGCGUUCAAUGUUUUCGAGUGCUUUUGUGUUCAACCAGCCGAUCGUUUCGUGGAAUGUCGCAGCAGUGACAGACAUGAGCUGGAUGUUCUUCGCCGCCAAGGCAUUCAACCAGCAGAUUAACUCAUGGGAUGUCUCGACAGUUGCGAGCAUGAAGGCUAUGUUCUGCCAGGCCACUUCUUUCAACCAGCCUGUGGGCUCAUGGAACACCUCUGCCGUGAUCAACAUGCAAGCGAUGUUCGAGGAUGCGCACGCUUUCAACCAGCCGAUCGGUUCGUGGAACACAUCAGCCGCAACCACCAUGAAGAACAUGUUCUUCGACGCUCAUGUUUUCAACCAGCCAGUUGGCUCAUGGGACAUAUCCAAGGUGACAGACAUGGCCGGAAUGUUCGACAAUGCUUAUGUGUUCAAUCAGCCGAUCGGUUCGUGGAAUACGUCAGCGGUUGCAGACAUGAGCUGGAUGUUUUUCGGUGCCCAAGCAUUCAACCAGCCUAUCGGCUCAUGGGACGUCUCGGCAGUAACGAGUACGAAGGCCAUGUUCCUGCAUGCGCGUGCCUUCAAUCAGCCUGUGGGCUCAUGGAACACGUCCGCGGUGACGGACAUGCAAGCGAUGUUCGAGGACGCGAAUGCUUUCAACCAGCCCAUCGGGUCAUGGAACACAUCAGCGGUGGCCACCAUGCGGGAAAUGUUCUGUGAUGCUCAUGCCUUUAACCAGCCUCUCGACACAUGGGACACCUCCAGGGUGAAGGACAUGAUAGCAAUGUUCGACAAUGCUUCUACGUUCAAUCAGCCUAUUGGUUCGUGGAAUACGGCAGCAGUAACGAACAUGAGCUGGAUGUUUUUCGGUGCCCAAGCCUUCAAUCAACCGCUCGCCUCCUGGAAUACUUCAUCUGUGAUUGGAAUGCGUGCCAUGUUCUGCAAGGCUCACACCUUCAACCAGCCCAUCGGCUCGUGGGAUACAUCAGCGGUGACUAGUAUGCGAUCAAUGUUUGACCAUGCCUAUGCCUUCAACCAUCCCAUCGGUUUGUGGAAUACAGCGAAAGUGGCGGACAUGAGCUGGAUGUUUACGAAUGCUCACGUGUUCAACCAGCUAAUUGGCGAGUGGAACACGUCCUCUGUGACAAACAUGCUGGGAAUGUUCGAGGAUGCCUACAAGUUCGACCAGCCUAUUGCAUCGUGGAACACGUCCGCCGUCACGGAUAUGAGCAGGAUGUUCAUUCAGGCUUCUUCUUUCGACCAUCCCAUCGGUUCAUGGGACACAUCAGCAGUCACCAACAUGAACCGAAUGUUCUAUGCCGCACGCGCUUUCAAUCAGCCCGUUGGCUCAUGGGAUGUAUCAGGAGUGACAGACAUGCAGGCGACUUUCUGCCGAGCGAGUCGAUUCAAUCAACCCCUUGCCUCUUGGAAUGUGUCUGCUGUGAUGUUUAUGAAUGGAAUGUUCGAGAGAACACUUGAGUUUAACCAGCCAAUUGGCGCAUGGGAUACCUCAGCUGUGCAGAACAUGACGCGAAUGUUCGAAAGGACGGCUCGGUACAACCAGCCCAUCUCUUCCUGGAACACAUCAGAAGUAAAAGACAUGAGCCUGAUGUUCUAUGGUGCUCGCGCCUUCAAUCAGCCCAUUGGUGAAUGGGAUACCUCAGCAGUCACGAACAUGAACGGCAUGUUCAAGCGUGCUGCGGUAUUCAAUCAGCCCAUCGCGUCCUGGAACACCUCGGCUGUCGAAGACAUGGCAUACAUGUUUCGUGACGCGCCUGCUUUUGACCAGGCUAUUGGCUCUUGGAGCACAUCAGCCGUUGUCAAGAUGAACAGCAUGUUCUACGCGGCGGUAGAAUUCAAUCACGCACUCUCUGCAUGGACGACAUCUUCGGUGGUGGAUAUGAGCUCGAUGUUUCGCAAGGCCUAUUCCUUCAAUCAGCCUCUUGAUUCCUGGGAUACAUCGGCCGUAUCAAGCAUGAGAGGCAUGUUUGCCGGCGCAGUUUCCUUCAAUCAGCCGCUCGCGUCAUGGAACACAUCAGCUGUGACAGAUAUGAGCUUCAUGUUCCACAAGGCAUUUGCGUUUGAUCGCUGGAUAGGCUGCUGGUACACAUCAGCUGUAGCUGACAUGCAGGGAAUGUUUUCCGGAGCUCACGCCUUCAACCAGUCUCUUACUAACUGGGAUACUGCCGAGGUGACAGACAUGAGCGGCAUGUUUGAAAGAGCUUUCGCCUUCAAUCAGCCCAUUGGCGAAUGGGAUACCUCCGCUGUUACAGAUCUCAGCCACAUGUUUCAUGAAGCUUCUUCGUUCAAUCAGCCACUCUCCUCCUGGCAAACAAUGUCUGUGACAGACAUGAGGAGCAUGUUUGACGGUGCUCACACAUUCAACCAGCCUAUCGGCUCGUGGAACACUGCAGCAGUAACCAACAUGCAUGCCAUGUUUCGGCAUGCAUCGGUAUUCAAUCAGCCGCUUGGCUCGUGGGACAUGUCAGCUGUCGCGGAUGCCAGCUACAUGUUCUAUGCUGCAUCUGUUUUCGACCAGCCCCUCAACACGUGGAAUAUGUCGGCGUUGACGGAUGCAAGCUUCAUGUUUCAGCUUGCCGUUUCGUUCAACCGCGUGAGUGAUGUGGAGGGCUGGCACUCAGGAUCGUCACAUGCUCAACGCACAGGUGCGACCCAUUCCUUCUUCGAGCAAGCGAUGGACACCAUUGCUGAGUCAACCAACACCAACGAGUUGCUUCAAGUUGCAGAGGAUAUCGCUCGCCCACCCUGUCAAACCGGAUUCAGACCCGUUUCUGGCGUUUGCACUUCCUGCCCACAGGGACAUUAUGCGGUCGCCGGCGAGUCCCAAUGUCAGGAAUGCCCAAAGGGAGCCGUCACCACUCCAGAUCGGGGCAGUUGCAAAGACUGUCCCUUUGGGACAUAUUCACUGGAGUGUCGUGAAUCAUGUGUUUUUCCGUUCAUGUUGUAUGACCACGGCUGUGAGCUUUGGCCUUGGCCGGUGCUGAUUGUCAGCGCCGUGUCUCUCUUUGUGGCUGUGCAGGUUGGUGUGGCUUGGUGGCGCGCGCGCAAGGCUGCAAAGCUCGCUGCAGAGAUCCAGGCUGUGAAGGCCCAGAUGUACGACGACCUGUGGAAGGAGCUCCCGGGAACCGUCGCCGAGUAUUCAGUCCGCUUGGAGAACCUCGGUGUUGACAAGGCGGACGUGACCAAGCAUGUGGCAUCAAUGCGAGCAUGUCAAAGCAAGAGCGCGGGAGUUAGCAUGCGGUACCUCCUCUCCCAGGAGUUCACAAGUUUGGCCAGGCAGCGAACCGGCAUGAGUGAUCCGACCUUUAACGACAUGAAGAGUGCCUUUUGGCUAGCUGCGGACCCGAUUGGCGAACAUGUUCAAUGCCCGCGGGACGGCAAGAUGGGUUGUGCACUUGUGGACUGGAUACCCAAAGAUGAGCGGCGAGCUCAGACACACUUCCUUUCUUGGGUGUGGGGAUACCACAUCUCACAGGUUAAAAGUGCAUUGAGGAUGUACCGGCUGAGUGCUCAUUCGGCACCUGCAGCUGAGCCCAUGUUCUUUUUUAUGUGCUUUUUUGUUAAUAAUCAGUAUAGAAUUAUUGUCGAAGAGACAGCUGCGGGCAGUGAGAACCUUGAGACCAUCUUCGAGGAGAACCUGAAGCGGAGCGGGCGGAUGGUGGCCAUUUUGGACACCUGGCACCAGCCAGUCUACCUAAGCAGGAUAUGGACUGUGUACGAGCAGUUCAUGGCGUCCACUCUCGAGAUACAGGUCACGAUCGUGAUGCCCGAGUCUGCCAUGACAUCUGUUCAGCAGCAGAUCUCUUGCGGCAAGCAGGGCAUUCAGGAGAUCACGGUAUCCUUGAGCCGUGUGGACUCCGAACAUGCAGGGGCAUGGAAGAAGGAAGAUGAGACGAAGGUGAAGGGUAUCAUCGAGGAUACCGUGGGUUUCAGGCAUGUCAACAGUCACGUGACCGAGGUCAUGGUACGAUGGAUCGGAGACGUGGUCAAACAUCAGUUUCACGAGUUAAUCCUUCAAGCCCAGUGCAGCCAGCAGUCGCAGAAUUCGAGGCCCCGAAAAGAAUCUGUGGAAACAGCUACCUUUUAA